CAGUCAUUCACGGUCACUUGUUCGACAACUAUUAUAAAACAAAUAAUUUUAAAUCCACUGUAAAAUGAUAUUAAUAACUUGGAGAUAUUUUAUUCGUAACAUUAGACAAAUUAUUAAAAUUAUUAUUUUAUGUUGGUUGAUUAAAUUAGUUUAUCGAAUUUUCAAUAGUGACAAAAUUUUAGAUAGUAUUGAAUUAAUUGAGAGCUGGGGAUAUCCAGCAGAGCAACACAAUCUUACGACAAAUGAUGGAUAUAUUUUAAAGACUUUUCGAAUACCAUGGAGUCCGCUGAAGUUGUCGAGGAGAAAUGAACAAAAACCAGUUGUUCUUAUGCUAAAUGGACUUUUGACAACGUCAGAUCUUUGGUUGAUAAGUCCCGACCGAAGUUUAGCUAAACAACUUGCUGAUGAAGGCUAUGACGUGUGGCUUGCUAAUUAUCGUGGUUCAACUUAUGGACGUGAUCAUGUUACAUUGUCACCAAAUGACAAAAAAUUUUGGGAUUUUAGUUUUCAUGAAAUUGGAUACUAUGAUGUUCCACGAACAAUUGAUUAUGUUUUAAAUGCAACCAAUCAAAGUUCAUUGAUAUGUGUUGGUUUAUCAAUGGGAACGACAUCAACAUUGAUUACAUUAUCAGAACAUCCAGAAUAUAAUUCGAAGGUUCAAUUGUUUAUAGGAUUUGGUGUAGUCGCUGGAUUUCUUAAUAAACAAUCUUUGGACAUGAGGCCAUUUCAUUUUCUAUCAAUGAUUUCUAAUUUAAUUGACUCUACUGCCACAUUCGAAAUAUUACCUCAAUAUUCGAUCUACAAUAUAUUAUUUGAAGAAUUUUGCGUCAAUUUAAAUAUUGCUGAUUACUGUUUAAUGCCAUGGGAUAUGAUUUGCGGUAAAAAUGGUAAUCAAGUUGAUUAUAAAGUUAUGGUCAAUAUUUUGAAAUAUUUUCCAGCUGGAACUUCUGCAAAAUUAUUUAUGCAUUAUGCACAAUUUGCAAAUUAUCAUAAAUUUCAGCAGUAUGAUUAUCAAAAUGAAAAAGAAAAUAUUGAACAUUAUGGUACAUCAAUACCUCCACAAUAUAAUUUCGAAAAUAUUAAAUCACCAAUGAUAUUUUUCUAUGGUCCUAAAAAUGAUCCACUCUCGACAUUUGAAGAUUUAUCAGAAAUAUCUAAAAGAGUUUCAAGUAAAGUCAUCACCGAACCAAUAUCUGAUUUUAAUCAUGGAGACUUUAUUGCUGCUAAGGAUGUUAAAGAACUUUUUAACAACCGAGUAAUUGAAUGUCUCGAUCAUUUUUUCAAAGGCAAUAUUUCUUUUUAAAAUCAUUUUUAUCAAAUAAAAAAGAAUUAAAAUUAAUCCUUCAAUGUCUAUAUAUUUUAACAACAAAAAAUAUUCAUCAAACAUAA